CCGCUGCACCCGGAAGUGUCUUGGCCGGGAGGAGGCCGCGCCGUGCGAGGCGCCCCCGCGAUGGGCCGCAACAAGAAGAAGAAGCGGAACGGCGACGACCGCCGGCCCCGGCUCGUCCUCAGUUUUGACGAGGAGAAGCGGCGGGAGUACCUGACCGGCUUCCACAAGCGCAAGGUGGAGCGCAAGAGGGCGGCCAUCCAGGAGCUCCAGCAGCGGCUGAAGGAGGAGCAGAGGAAGCUGCGGGAGGAGCGCCACCAGGAAUACCUGAAGAUGCUGGCAGAGAGGGAGGAGGCGCUGGAGGAGGCCGAUGAGCUGGACCGGCUGGUGACGGCAAGAGACGGAGUCAGUGCAGUACGACCACCCCAACCACACGGUCACCGUGACCACCAUCAGCGACCUGGAAUCUCUCCGGGGCCCGGCUGCUCGGGCUGUCGUCGCCCGAGCAAGGACCCGGGGAUGAGUCAAGGAGGAGGCGCUGCCCGCGGAGAAGCCGACCAGAGCCUUACCCAGGAAGUCCAAAGACCCCCUGCUAUCUCAGCGGAUCUGCUCGCUCACUGCGACGCUGCACGCACACAGCCGCAAGAAGGCCAAGCGGAAGCGUCCCGACGUAGCCAGGACUCCAAGAAGCCCCCGAGUGCCACGCGCACCAGCAAGACGCAGCGCCGCCGGCUGACGGGCAGAGCCCGGCACAGCGGGGAGUGAGCCCCCAGAAGCCUGUGGGGCCUGUCCCGGCUCAGCCUGGCCGUCCCUUGCCACCCCCCCGCUGCAGAGGGGACAGCACAGCC